AUGGCAGAGCUCAACAUAGCCGAAGGGCUCAACGAAGGGUUGAGGAUGUGUGGAGGUCUCAAUCGUGAAGUGUUUUCACUUUCUUUGCAUGCUUAUUUGCCCUGUGAUGGAAAAUCUAAUUUCAGAAGCAGUUUCAUGUUUAUAGUGAGUCUACAAAUUAUUGGUGGUUAUUUGUCAAUCUUUGGUUUUGAUCGAUUAUGCAGGUUGCGGGCAGCAAGAAUAGCUGAUUAUAGUAUUGGGAAGUUUAGGUUUAUGAAAUUUUCAAGUUUGCUACAUUUUAUACACAUUUUCUUGACUCAUCAAUGGUUCUUGUCUCUUUAUGAUAGUGAAUUGGCAGAAGAGUCUUCCAUUUUAAAUGAGCACAUGGUUGUGCUGUUGCCUGGAGCUGUUUAUGCUCUUUCUGCUGGUUAUAAGAUGGAAGAACUUGAGCAGCACUCGAUGCAUGAACUUUUUGAAUGCUCCAUUGAUGUACUUGCGAAUAUUGAUCAGGUUUCCUCUGUUAAGGUACUGGGGUUUUGUAUAAAAGUAAUGCAUGAUAAGAACCAUGAUAAGGUACUGCAGCAUUUUAUUCUUGAGGAGAACAUGUUGGAGGUUGACUGUCCCUGUGUCACCCCAGAGGUUGUUCUCAAAGCAUCUGGUCAUGUUGAUAAAUUUACUGACCUUAUGGUUAAAGAUGAGAAAACAGGGACUUGCUAUCGUGCCGAUCACUUGCUCAAGGACUUCUGUAGUGAAAAGCUUCAAAAAGACCUUUCCAUAACUACCAAGGAGGCUGUAGAACUGAAGCGCAUACUUGGUGUUUUGGAUGAUCUUUCAACUGAAGAGCUGGGUGCCAAACUUAAGGAGUAUGGCAUUACAGCUCCAGACACUAAGAAUCCACUUUCUGAUCCAUAUCCAUUCAAUCUUAUGUUCCAAACAUCAAUAGGCCCAUCUGGCUUGAGCCCUGGGUUCAUGCGGCCAGAAACUACACAGGGCAUAUUUGUUAACUUCAAAGACUUGUACUAUUACAAUGGGAACAAGCUUCCUUUCGCUGCUGCUCAAAUUGGCCAGGCUUUCAGAAAUGAGAUUUCUCCUCGACAAGGGCUUUUUAGAGUUCGUAAAUUUACACGUACUGAGAUUGAACACUUUGUGGAUCCCGAAGACAAAUCUCACCCAAACUUUGCAGAAGUUGCAAAAUUGGAGUUUCUAAUGUUCCCAAGGGAAGAACAAAUGUCUGGCGAGUCUGCGAAGAAAAUUUGUCUGGGUGAUGCAGUUGCCAGGGGAAUUGUUAAUAAUGAAACUCUUGGCUACUUCAUUGGGAGAGUUUAUCUUUUCCUCACUCGUCUUGGUAUAAACGAAGAACGUUUACGGUUCCGCCAGCACCUUGCAAAUGAAAUGGCUCACUAUGCUUGUGACUGUUGGGAUGCUGAGAUUGAGUGUUCCUAUGGUUGGAUUGAGAGUGUAGGUAUUGCGGACAGGUCUGCAUUUGAUUUGCAUGCUCAUACAGUAAGUAUUUUUUCUUCUUCUCUUUGA